AUGGACAAUCAAGGACAAGGAUGGAUUUCCGAUGAAGCCACAACGCGCCCACCAGUGAAACCAACCACCUCUAUUCGAACACCCGACGAGGUGUACGCCGUCCGAGGUAUUCUCAUGCGAUGGCUUCCAAUAGAGAUAGCACACCUUAUCAUGGAUGAGGUCCAAUACUGGCCCGCUAUUAUCAGUCAGUCAAAUGCAAUCUCGUCCUCGCCGAUGAACACCUGGUCCGUGGAGGAGCAUCACGGCAACUUUUGCUGCCUCUACACCCCGCGACUGCCAAACUGGCCUGGGGACCCGACAUACCCCGGCGUCAAAAUCAAAGAAGUGUGCUUCACGAUAAAAAGCAGGGAUCAGGGAUGGACGAGCGAGCCAGGUCCUUUCAAGCAUAACUACGACGGGUCGUGGACCUGGUUUCAAGCCGUCGUCGGUCGUGACUUUGACGACUACACGGUAACAACACAGACACAGCCUGACAAAGUCGACCUGCGCAUCGAACGGGCACUCCAGCCCAACAACGGAACGCAGGCAACACAGGACAUCAUCGUCGAUACAUGGGAUAUCCAGCGGAACUACCGCGCAUCGCCUGAGCUCCGCACGCACCGUGUCGUAUGGAGCGCCAAGGACGAGCCAGAUUUGACAGACCAUGACCGCCAGUUCGACCCGUUGACGGGCGCUUAUCGCGGCGCCGGAUUUGUUCAGUCCUUGCGCCCUGGUGAUCUGAUCGGGAUUGUCAUGAGAGCAAAAUACCCUGCCUGGGCUAACUUUGUGGAAAGCUCACUCUUUAAGGAGGCGCAACACGGCGAACUCAAUUCCAAGAAAACAGUCUAA